AUGCCGCCCAACAUCAUCAGACCCCAGCUUCCCCCGCCUUUCCUCCCCACUCUCAGCGCGUGGGAGUACGUCUUCCCCUCUGGCCCUGGUAUCAGUCCCGGGGCGGGGCCGUGGCCGGGUGAGACCACCGCCUUCAUCGACGGCCUCACUGGACGCUCCAUGACGAGGGCGGAAGUACACGACACGGCGCUGAAGCUCAAGGGCGGGUUGAACGCCCGCGGCGUCAAGAGGGGUGACACGGCGGCCAUCUUUGGCAGCAACAGCAUCGAGUGGGCGCUCGCGGCCUGGGGAUGUCUCGCUGCGGGCGUCGUCGUGACGCCGUGCAGUUCGGCCUUCGGCACGAGCGAGCUGACGUACCAACUGAACGACUCUGGCGCCACGGUCCUGUUCAUCUCCCCCGAGCUCCUGCCCGUAUUCGAGAAGUGCCGCUCCGAGCUCAAGUUCUCCUUCCCCUCUGACCGCGUCAUCCUGCUUACUCCUCCGGACGCUCCGAACCAGAAGUAUCCCAGUCUGUGGAGCUCUCUCGGCCCGCUCUCGGAGCCCGAGCCCUUCAACGGCGUCGACGCACACGAGACGGCGUGGCUCUGCUACUCCUCCGGCACGACGGGCCUGCCAAAGGGCGUGCAGACGACGCACCACAACCUCACGACGCAGUUUGAGACGACGACCCUCAUCCGCCCCCUGCCCAAGCACGGGCAGGACGUGAUUCUCGGCUUCCUCCCCUUCUCGCACAUGUACGGCAUCCUCGCGGUCGUGACCACGCCCGUGCUGGCGGGUGUGCCCGCGAUCAUUCUGCCCAAGUACGACGAGCUCGCGGCCCUAAAGCUGAUGCAGAAGUACAAGGUGACCAAGUUCAGCGCCGUGCCCGCCGUCCUCCUCGGCCUGGUGCACAGCCCGCACGUGCCGCGGCACGAUGUGAGCAGCCUUGUCGAGAUCCGCUGCGGCGCCGCGCCCAUGGGGCCCGAGCUCGCGGCGCUGUUCCGCGCGCGCUUCCCCAACUGCGUCAUCAGCCAGGGAUACGGCAUGACCGAGGCGUCGCCGGCCAUCACGCUCCCGACACCCGAGGACGAUAGGGCCGGCCGGCCGGGCGUCGGCCGCCUCGUGCCCAGCUACGAGGCGCGCAUCGUCACCGAGUCCGGCGAAGACGCGCAGCCGGGCCAGCCGGGGGAGAUCUGGGUGCGCGGCCCAAACGUCAUGAGGGGUUAUCACGGGAAGCCCGACGCGAACGCCAAGUCCUUCGCCCCGGGGCACUGGUUCAAGACCGGCGACGUGCUGUAUCAAGACGAAGAGGGGGGAUUCCACGUCGUCGACCGCAUCAAGGAACUCAUCAAGUGCAAGGGCUUCCAGGUGCCGCCGGCCGAGAUGGAGAGUCUGCUCUUGAGCCAUCCGGACAUUGUGGAUUCCGGCGUUGUGGGCGUGUACGACGCGGCGCAGGCUACGGAACUUCCGCGAGCGUAUGUCGUCCUCGAAAGUGGGAAGCAGGUCGCGCCGCAGGAGAUUGCGCAGUGGGUCGCCAACCGCGUGGCCCAGUACAAGAAGCUCCGCGGCGGGGUUGUCGUCGUUGAGGGUAUUCCGAGGGGUGCGACCGGCAAGAUUAUGCGCAACAAGCUCAGGGAGAGGGCGAAGGAGGAGUGGGAGGCCGAGGGGCGCGCGAGACUGUAG